UAAAAAAACACAAAUAUAAUAGAAAUGACUCACUAAAAAGUCAUAACAAUUGAAAAAUCUAUUUUCUUGUAGGCAAGUGUUAUUUAUUAAGUAGAACUUUAGUAUAAAUAAGUAUGUUUGAUAGAGUAUCUUCCUUUGUCUACUUUUGACCUUCUCCCCUUUCACACUCUUCCUCGCGGCUUUCUUUUUCAACGUCCCGUUCCGUUCCGUUCCGUUCCGUUCUGUUCUGAGGGUUUAUACCGGUCAACUCAAAGCGACGGCGUAUGGAUUACAGCUAUCUCACGGCCGCCACCGCCUUCUCUGCCUUCUCCGACUCCGACAACAGCAGCAGCGUCCACUUUCCCAUUCACGCCGGGGCUUCGCUCGACUACGCCGCUCCCGCCGCGGAGGUCGAUGCCCUUCGCCGCCUCUCGGACAAUCUGGGAUCGGCCUUCCAGUCGCCUGACUUCGACUUCCUCGCCGACGCUCGCAUCGUCGUCGGACCCCGCAGCGACGGAGGCGGCGGCGCGCUACCCUGCGAGCUCCGGGUGCACCAGUGCGUGCUUUCCUCUCGAAGCCCCUUCUUUAAGGAGGAGUUAGCUCGGCGACGCAGGGAGCCGUCGGCGCCACACCUGGUGACAUUCGAGUUGAAGGAGCUGGUCAAGGAAGUGGAUGUCGGCUACGACGCCCUGGUGGUGGUGCUUGGGUACUUCUACAGUGGGAAGCUUUCGCCGCUUCCCAAGGAGGUCUGGAUGUGCGUCGACGAGGAGUGCCAGCACGAGGCUUGCCGGACAGCUGUUGAUUUCAUCAUGGAGAUGCUCUAUGCUUCCUUCGUCUUCCGAAUCUCUGAGCUCGUUAGCCUCUUUCAGAGACACCUCCUUGAUAUUCUCGAGAAGGUGGCAAUAGAUGAUAUACCAAUGGUUCUAGUUGUGGCAAAAUUAUGUGAGAACUUAUGUGUCAGUUUGGUCAACAAGUGCAUAGACAUCAUAAUAAAGUCAGAUUUGGAUAUUGUUACCCUUGAGAAGACAGUGCCUCCUGAUCUCGCAGAGCAAAUUAUGGAUUCACGCUUGAAAUUGGGAUUAGUAGAACCUGAAAGCAGUGGCUUCCCGGACAAGCAUGUGAGGAGAAUACAUAAAGCUCUUGAGAUUGACGAUCUUGAAUUAGUUAGAAUGCUAUUAGGAGAAGGGAACACCACUCUAGAUAAUGCAUGUGCAUUGCAUUAUGCAGUAGCAUUUUGCGAUCCAAAAAUUACAACUGAACUCUUAGAUCUUGCACUUGCAGACGUUAAUCAUAGAGACCAAAGAGGUUAUACUGUACUCCACAUUGCUGCAAUGCGCAAGGAACCUAAGAUAAUUGUGUCUCUUCUAACAAAGGGAGCUAGACCCUCUGAUCUUACAUCAGACGGAAGGAAAGCAAUUCAGAUUGCAAAACGACUUACCAAGUCUGUGGAGUAUCUCAGAUCAACUGAAGAAGGAGAAGCAUCUCCCAAGAGUCGCUUGUGUAUUGAGAUAUUAGAGCAAGCUGAAAGAAGAGACCCACAAUUGGGAGAAGCUUCAGUUUCUCUUGCAAUUGCUGGUGAUGAUUUGCGAGGAAAAUUAUUGUACCUUGAAAAUCGAGUUGCUCUGGCUAGACUAUUAUUCCCUAUGGAAGCAAGAGUUGCCAUGGAUAUUGCUCAAGUUGAUGGCACAUUGGAAUUCACCUUAGGGUUGGAUACCGAACAGUCUAAUGGGAAUCCAAUUACUACAAUGGAACUAGAUGAAGCACCAGUUGAAAUGAAAGACGAGCUCCUAAGACGUAUUAGAGCACUUUCCCGAACAGUGGAACUCGGGAAGCAAUUUUUCCCUCGGUGUUCUAAUGUCAUUAACAAGAUCAUGGAUGAUGAAGAUCAUACAGACCUCACUGCUGGUCUUGGGCGCAAUAGUUCAGAAGAAAAAAGGAGAAGAUUUCUGGAGUUGCAGGAUGUCUUGUUAAAGGCAUUCAGCGAGGAUAAGGAGGAAUUCAAUCGGUCAGCCUUGCCUUCCACAUCACCAUCAACAUCCUCAAUGGUUGUUCAUCCAACAAGGUAAAUGAUGAGGAGGUUUUCACCUGAAUUUUGUACCAUUUGAUGUGGGUCCUGUGUCAGUUUUCUCGCACUAUAUAUUUUGUUUAUGUAACUUAACCACGACAAACCAGUUGGUGAUGCUGUACAUGUAUUUUUAGCUGUAUAGUGUUGAGUAUGUAGCUACUAAUAGUUGAAUGGAAUGAUCGUUACAGCAGUUGGUGAUGUUGUA